AUGACUGAACCCGCCAACGAUGGGGCCGUGGGCGGCUUCGACCUCGACCAAGCCCGGAUCGCGCUGACCUCGUCGUCGACUGCGACCCGCAUUGCCCAGCUGCGGGGCAUUGAUGAAAAGAUUACACACAAGGCUCUCGACAAGCAAACAACGCUCGGCAUCCUCAAGGUCCUCUUCUGGACACACGCCUUUUACACCGACCGACCUUCUCGACAAGCAGUACAACGAUGCCUCACCUCACUCUGCCAACAAAGCGAUACCGACGUCCUCACCCCAUUAGUUGCCUCCGUCCUCAAGGAAACCCAAAAGCAAGGCAUUGCCCCCGGCAGCGCGUUCGUGCUUGUGGAAUGGUCCAGCUUGUUGGCCCAAAACUUUGCGGGCACGCCGCUAUGGCAUAAAUUCGGGAAGGAUAUCGUUCUGGCAUUGGCAGACGGGUUGGAAAAGUGUUUGCAGCCUACGUCAAGGGGGACAGUCGGGAACUCCGCACUGGUUAUCGCAAGGAGGAGCCUCCGGAAGCUCGCCUCCGCCGACCCGACAGCGAUCGAUGCGGCCGCACAACUGCUUGCCGCCAAAGGGGGUCAGCCAGCCGCUAAGAAUGCCGUUCUCUUGGGUGCCAUCGCGGGUGUCUGCGCGCGGAAGACCGAGGCCAAGGCGGUAGUUGAGAACUUAAAGGGCGAGUACAUUGCGUUCUACAUCCGCGAAAUUGUUGGGUCACGGACACCGGUCCCAGCCCAUCUCGCCGACGGCCUGGCUGACUUCUUUUCGACAUUCGUCUCGCUUGAGGAGCUCGAGAAAGAGGUCUUCCCGGCUUUAGAGAAAGGCUUGUUGCGGGCGCCCGAGGUGGUGUUGAACGAUCUCAUUACCCCUCUGGUCCACUCGAUAUCCCGGUUCGAUCUCUCUCAAGCGCUAAGCGGCCGCUUCGUCAAGCCACUACUCUCCAACAUCAAAUCUUCCAACGCCACCAUUCGCAGUGGCGCCGUCUCGGCUUUCAAAGCACUUGCCUCAAACUCUCAAGACCCUGCACUCCUCGAGAAGGUUGCGGAUGAAGUCCUCGGACCUCUCAAGUCUGGCAAGCUCGCGUCUGCAGACCAUCGAGUGCUCCACUCAGAGAUGCUCGUAGCGCUACCAGCGUCGGUCGGAAUUGCGACCAAGGUUGCGUCUGGACUCCCUGCUCUUGUCAGCAAAGAGGCAAACGAAGCCGCCUUGAAUUCCGAAACGCUGGUUCUUAAUGGCAGCGCAAGCACCCUUCUCCAAAACGCAGAAGCCCCAAAGCCUCUGGUGGAUGCCUAUGUGAAGGGCCUGGCGGAUAAGAAAGCCCCAGUUCGGCGGAUUUGGGUCCUACGGACUGGCGAUUUGCUCUCGACGUUCCAGGAUGCCCAACCCAAUCUCCCCAAGGGUCUUGUGACCUUUGCGGAAGCUGUUGUCCCGCCUCUCUUGGCCGCCUUUAACGAGGUCGUAGCGAACCCCGUCACGGCCGCGCAAAGCAGCCUCGUGACUGCAGCCUUGGUCACCGCCAGCCUCGAAGGGUUAAUCACCCGCCUCGAGAACACUAAUGUGCAGUCAUUAGCCAAGAAAGCAGGGAUACAAAAGAACAGCUUGGCGGUGGAACCAAAGCCGUCUUACCUCCUGAAUCAGCGGAUAUACAGCAAAUUCGCUGAAGAAGACCUUAAAUGGCUGUGCCGUGCUCUCUCGGCUAUUGCGCCUUCCCUCACAUCGUUCAACGACACCGUCAAAGCCGCCUGGGCACAAGCCUACAUUUACCUGAUAUCUUCCUCUACCACUCCCCCUAAAGUGCGUCGACAAGCUGUAGACUCGUUGUCCGGUCUGUGUGCUCAGGCGAAUAGUGGCCAUGGUAUCUCGGUGCCAGCAGAGAUUAUCAAGGCCAUAUGGCAGUGGGUUGGAGCAGCGGAAACAGGAGAGAAGGAGAGCGCAGCUGUUUUGGCGAGGUCCGGGAACUCUAACCUUCAUUUGGUGCUGAGAGCAAUCUGCCUCAGCCCGAAGGAGUACGCAGAACGAAAUGUUGAGCCCGACAAUGCGCAGAUCGAAGCCCAACUUUGCUCGCUCCUGGCCCUUGCGAAACCUCAACUCAUCCCGCGUGCAAGCUGGAUUGAGCUCUGCUUGAGAGUAGGGCGCGAUCCGGGUGAAUUGGCUAAAAAGCACGAAGAGGUUCUAGUCCAAGAGAUAGUGGGACGGACUGGCUUUGGGCAAAAGUCCGGCUCUGUCAAGGAUGCAGCUUACAGCGCAGCCGCUGAGCUUGUCUUCGUUGCCCCCGAUUCCAUGACACACCGCAUUGUCACUCUUCUGCAAGAAGAUCUCGACGCUGUUCAGCUACAAUCCAUCGGCCCACUAGAAGCCGCCAUUUUCCGCACUCCCGAAGGCACUGCCUUUGUAGACGUCCUCGCCAAGAAGCAAAACGCUGUCCCCAACAAAAAUGUGAAGGACUACGACACGCUCAAAUGGGAAGAGGAACUUAGGUCUCAGCUGGCCGCGAAGAAGGGCACGCAGAAAAAGCUUACCGCGGACGAAACGGCGAAGGUCAACGCUCAGCUUAAAAAGGAGUCUGAUAUUCGCGAGAACGUCAGCCAGGUAGCAGCCAAGUUACUCCGUGGUUUCGGCAUUGUCAAGGCCCUGGCAACCGGCCCUCCUUCAGAUGCUAGUCUGUGGAUGGGUGCGGCUGUUGGAGCUACUCUUGCCUCUAUCGACGCGGGCGCGUGCCUGAUCACCGCGGAGACAGGACCCCUCGCAUUAGUAGCAUGUGGAGAGCAAGCGACUUCGCGUCUAGGGACCAUUCGUCCGUUCAUUGCAGCUGCUAUUCUCCGUGCCCACGAGGUAUCAGCACUACCAGACACCCUGACUCAAGAACCGUUUGAGGAUUUAGUGACCCGGGUCCUCUACCGUCUCCGCUUCGCCGGUGAACAACGUCCGUUUGACACUGUCACCCUCAUCUACAUUCUGCCUCUCGCCUUGCUCGUGCUCGAAAGGGGGGGCUUUGGUGCCAACGCGGACGACCGCGACGCCCAAUUGGUGCUAGCCAUCGAGAUUCUUUCCUUCCACACCGAUGUUGCCGCGGACGAGGCUAUCCCUCGUGCAGAGAUUUUCCACGCGCUUAUCACGUCGAUGCAAAAGUACAACCAGCACUACAAAAUCCUGAAAGACUGCUUCUCCGAUAUGGUCCGGUGUGUCGCUCCGAACAUGACAACCGAGGAAGUCGGUGUGCUCGCACGCGGUACCAUUGUUGCCCAGUCUAGUGUCCGCACAGCUGCGCUGCUCGCCAUCAGUGCUGAAGUCGACAUGAGUGAGGUUGGCGUCUCCGAGGAGAUCUGGCUGGCUUGUCAUGACGAUAUCGAGGAGAACGCCGAUCUCGGUAGCGAGAUUUGGGAAGAAGGCGAGUUCCAGGUUUCCGAGGAACUCGCCCACAAGAUGCUGCCAUACUUGGAAAGUAAGGACGCCCAGCUCCGCCGCUCUGCCGCAAAGUCGCUCGCCGAAGUUGCGAGCCAAUAUCCUUCGGUUAUUACCCCCGUUCUUGAAAAGCUUCGGUUAUCCUAUGUGGAAUUCGCCAAACCGCGAGUCCAGCAAUUGGACGAGUUUGGAAUGCCCAAAAAGAUGGAUCUUUCCGACCCUUGGGAAGCACGGCACGGAAUUGCCUUGGCCUUCAAGCAGAUUGCCCCCCAUCUUGAAAAGGCGCAGCUCGAACCGUUCUUCAACCUUCUCAUUGAGCAGGGCCCGCUCGGCGACCAAAACGCAACAGUGCGAAGCGAGAUGUUAGACGCCGCGAACACAGCCAUCGAAGUGCACGGGAAGGGCAUUCUCGAUAGGCUGAUGAAGACCUUCGAGAAGACACUUGAGGCUCCAGACAAGAACUCUGAAACCUCAGACCGUGUCAAUGAAGCAGUCAUCAUCAUGUACGGUGCGCUGGCGCGGCAUCUUAAGCCUGGGGACAAAAAGAUCCCGGUUGUGAUUGAGAGGUUGCUCGCAACACUUAGCACUCCGUCAGAGGCAGUUCAGUACGCUAUUGCUGAGUGCCUACCCCCUCUUGUCCGCACCUGUGGCGAUAAGUCCUCCAAGUACUUUGACCAGGUCCUCGAGAUCAUGUUGACCUCCAAGCAGUAUCCCGAGCAACGUGGAGCGGCCUAUGGGCUGGCCGGUCUUGUGCUGGGUAGGGGUAUCAGUGUCCUGAGAGAGUACCGCAUCAUGAUCACCCUCAGCAGUGCGCUCGAGAACAAGAAAGAAAUCAACCAGCGAGAGUCUGCCAUGUUGGCAUAUGAGCUCCUGUCCACCAUUCUCGGCCGGCUGUUCGAGCCGUACGUGAUCCAGGUUGUUCCGCAGCUUCUUGCUGGUUUUGGCGACGGCAACGCCGAUGUCCGUGAUGCUGCGCUCGCAGCGGCCAAGGCCUGUUUCGCGUCACUCAGCUCAUACGGCGUCAAGAAAGUCCUUCCCACACUUCUUGACGGCCUUGACGAGGACCAAUGGCGGAGUAAGAAGGGUGCUUGCGACACGCUCGGUGCUAUGGCCUACCUUGACCCCCAACAGCUUGCUCAGAGCCUGCCCGAAAUUAUCCCCCCUCUCACGGCCGUGUUGAACGACAGUCACAAGGAAGUGCGGUCAGCUGCCAACAAGAGCUUGAAGCGCUUCGGCGAAGUUAUCACGAACCCCGAGAUAAAGAGCCUAGUCGACAUCCUCCUCAAGGCGCUCAGCGACCCGACCAAGUACACCGACGAAGCCUUAGACUCGCUCAUCAAGGUUCAGUUCGUCCACUAUCUCGACGCCCCUUCGUUGGCUCUGGUCAGCCGCAUCCUCCAGCGAGGCCUGGGCGACCGAUCCAACACCAAGCGCAAGGCGUCUCAGGUUAUCGGCAGUCUGGCGCAUCUUACAGAGCGCAAGGAUCUUGUGGCACAUUUGCCCGUCCUCGUGACUGGUCUCAAGACUGCCGUCGUCGACCCGGUUCCCACCACGCGUGCGACUGCUUCCCGGGCUCUCGGAUCCCUUGUGGAGAAGUUAGGCGAGGAUGCUCUGCCAGAUCUUAUCCCCGGUCUCAUGCAAACUCUCAAGUCCGAGACAGGUGCCGGCGACAGGCUUGGUUCUGCGCAAGCCCUCAGCGAGGUUCUUGCCGGUCUGGGUACUUCGAGAUUGGAGGAGACGCUCCCUACCAUCCUCCAGAAUGUGGAAUCGCCCAAGUCUGCCGUCCGCGAGGGCUUCAUGUCGCUCUUCAUUUUCCUGCCCGUCUGCUUCGGAAACAGCUUUGCCAACUAUCUCGGCAAAAUUAUUCCGCCCAUCUUAUCAGGUCUCGCUGAUGAUGUCGAGGCAAUCCGUGACACUGCUCUGCGUGCUGGCCGGCUGUUGGUCAAGAACUUUGCGGUGCGAGCCGUCGAUCUCCUUCUCCCAGAACUCGAGCGCGGCAUGGCCGACGAUAGUUACCGCAUUCGUCUCAGCUCCGUGGAGCUUGUGGGUGACCUUCUCUUCAACCUCGCUGGUAUCAAGGCCAACACGGAGGAGGAUGAAGAGGAGGAUCCGGACGCUACCAAAGAAGCCGGGGCAUCCCUUCGCGAGGUGCUUGGAGAGGAGAAGCGGAACAAGAUCCUCUCAGCUCUGUACGUCUGCCGCUGCGAUACUGCUGGUGCUGUACGCGCUGCGGCUAUCAGCGUCUGGAAGGCUCUGGUCCACAGCCCGCGGACGCUCAAGGAGUUGGUCCCUACUCUCACCCAGCUCAUCAUCCGGCGUCUUGGCAGCACCAACAUGGAGCACAAGGUCAUCGCCAGCAACGCCCUUGGCGAACUCAUCCGCAAAGCCGGCGAUGGCGUCUUGGCUACCCUUCUCCCCACUCUCGAAGACGGCCUGCGGUCGUCCAGCGAUGUCGACGCCAAGCAGGGUAUUUGUCUGGCGCUCAAGGAACUUAUCUCCUCGGCCUCGCCCGAGGCACUCGAGGACCACGAGAAGACGCUCAUUUCCGUUGUUCGUACUGCGCUUACCGACUCGGAUACCGACGUCCGCGAGGCCGCGGCCGAGGCGUUCGACUCGCUCCAGCAGAUCCUUGGGAAGCGCGCCGUCGACCAGGUCCUACCUUACCUCCUCAACCUCCUGCGCUCCGACGAGAAUGCCAACAACGCGCUGGAAGCUCUCCUCACCCUCCUUACAGAAACGACCCGUUCGAACAUUAUCCUUCCAAACCUCAUUCCUACCCUCAUUGCGCCUCCCAUCUCAGCUUUCAACGCCAAGGCGCUGGCAUCGUUGUCUAAGGUUGCAGGUGCGGCUAUGAACCGCAGACUGCCCAACAUCAUCAACUCCCUGAUGGACAACAUUGUCAACUGCACGGAGGAUGAUUUGCAGGGAGACCUUGAUGCUUCGUUCGACACUGUCAUCUUGUCCAUUGAUGAGUAUGACGGCUUGAAUGUGGUCAUGAACGUUUUGCUCCAGCUCAUCAAGCAUGAAGAUCAUCGCAAGAGAGCCGCGACUGGCCGCCAUCUGGCAAAAUUCUUCGCGUCAGCCGAUGUCGACUAUUCGAGAUACAACCAGGACAUUAUCCGUGCCCUGCUGAUUUCGUUCGAUGACCGGGAUACUGCUGUCGUCAAGUCCGCGUGGAGUGCGCUACACGAGUUUACGAAGCACCUCAAAAAGGAGGAAAUGGAAGCCCUCGUGCAAUCAACGAGGCAGACUCUGCUGCAAGUGGGCGUUGCCGGCCAUAAUCUGCCCGGCUUCGAACUCCCCAAGGGCAUUAACGCCAUCCUUCCCAUCUUCUUGCAGGGCCUAAUGAAUGGCACCGCAGAGCAGAGGGUGUCGGCCGCCCUGGCCAUCUCGGACGUGAUCGACCGGACCAGCGAAGCCUCACUCAAGCCCUUUGUCACGCAGAUUACGGGUCCCCUGAUUCGUGUGGUUUCGGAGCGUUCGACCGACGUCAAGUCAGCCAUUCUCCUUACGCUCAAUAACUUGCUCGAAAAGAUGCCCACCGCGCUCAAACCUUUCCUGCCACAACUGCAGCGUACCUUUGCCAAGUCGCUCGCCGACACGUCGAGCGAUUUGCUGCGCAGUCGUGCUGCGAAGGCUCUGGGUACUCUCAUCAAGUUCACGCCGCGUGUUGAUCCCCUCAUUGCUGAGUUGGUAACGGGCUCUAAGACUACAGACGCCGGCGUCCGCACCGCGAUGCUCAAGGCUCUGUACGAGGUCAUCAGCACGGCGGGCGGCAACAUGGGCGAGGGCUCCCGCACUGCCGUCCUGGGCCUGAUCGACACGGAGACUGACGAGCGUGAUAAUACCAUGACGAUCACUUACGCCAAACUGUUCGGGGCCCUUGUUAAGAACAUCUCGGACGAUGCAGCGAUUACCCUUCUGAAGAACCGGGUCAUGACCCGUGACUUCACCCACGCGAGUGUGCUAGCACUCAACGCGGUGUUGCUGGAGAGCGCCGACACCUUGUUGAACUCGUCACUGGUUGAUGACCUGCCGGAGUUGCUUGCGCUCGGGAUGGAGAGCAAAAACACUUUCAUCAUCGACAACUUCAUCGUGGCCACUGGUAAAUAUCUCCUCAGCUCGGCCCCCAAAUCCUUCGAGGCCACCAAACCCCUCUUCAUCACGCUCUCCAAACUCAUCCCACCCGGUGCGCCCCUCGAUUCUCGCCGCCUAGCUCUGGUUGUCACCCGCACGAUCGCGCGCGUCCACCCAGAGAUGGUACGCCCCCACCUCAGCAUACUCGCGCCUCCCGUCUUCGCCUCGGUGCGUGACCCGGUGAUCCCCGUCAAGUUGGCCUCUGAAGCGGCGUUUGUCCAGCUCUUCUCUGUGGCCGACGAAGAAGGGAAAGUGUUCGAAAAGUGGAUGGGUACAGGCGGGGGCGCCGAGGCAUUACCACCACAGGUGAAGCGUAGUAUGCAGGAUUAUUUUAAGAGAGUGACAUUGCGGUUGGGGGCGCAGGUGCGGGAGAGGAGGGAGGCAGAAGGGGGGGCCGGCGGGUUGGGGUUGUCGAAUGAUGAAGCCGAGGAUGAGAAGGAAAUUAUGGCAGUUGGGAAGCAUCAAUCAGUCAAGAUGGUUAACCUGAGGACCCAGAAGCGGCUGGCGUCGUCUGUGCUGGGCGUCGGCCAGCGCAAGAUCUGGCUCGACCCCAACGAGGUGUCCGAGAUCUCGAACGCCAACUCCCGCCAGACCAUCCGCAAGCUCGUCUCCGAUGGCCUCAUCAUCAAGAAGCCCGUCACCAUGCACUCGCGCUCGCGUGCGCGUGAGCUAAACCUCGCCCGCCGUAUCGGCCGCCACCGCGGUUUCGGUAAGCGCAAGGGUACCGCCGAUGCCCGUAUGCCCGAGCAGGUUCUGUGGAUGCGCCGCCAGCGGGUCCUCCGCCGUCUGCUUGUCAAGUACCGUGCCAGCGGCAAGAUCGACAAGCACCUCUACCACGAGCUCUACCACCUCGCCAAGGGUAACACCUUCAAGCACAAGCGGGCGCUCGUUGAGCACAUCCACCGUGCCAAGGCGGAGAAGGCGCGCGAGAGGCAGAUCAAGGAGGAGAUGGACGCCAAGCGUGCGCGGACCAAGGCUGCCCGCGAGCGCAAGCUGGAGAGGCAAACGGCGAAGCGGAACGCGCUGCUGGGCGAGGCCGAGGAGGAAUCCAAGUAG